UGUGGCAACCCCCACUAUCAGUACAAGCUGGGGGAUGGAAGGAUGGAGCACAGCCCUACUGGAAAGGACCAGCGGGUUCUGGUGGAUGGCAGCUGGACAUGAGCCAGCACUGUGCCCUCGUAGCCCAGACAGCCAACCGUAUGGUGGGCUGCAUCCAAAGCAGUGUGACUAGCAGGGCGAGGGAGGGGAUCGUGCCCCUCUGCACUGUGAGGCCUCACUUGCAGCACUGCGUCCAGAUGUGGAGUCCUCAGCACAGGAGAGACAUAGACCUGUUGGAGCGUGUCCAGAGGAGGGCCACAAAAAUGAUCCAAAGGCAGGAACACCUCUCCUAGGAGGACAGGCUGAGAGGGCUGGGGCUGAGCAGCCUGCAAAAGAGAGGGCUGCGAGGUGACCUGAGCGUAGCCAUCAUGGCACCAGGUCCCCGUUCCCAUCCCAGCUUGGUGGGGAACAGCCGUGGGUGAGGGAACUCUUCAUGUUACGCUGCCAUCACUGCCCACGUCCUCAGGGGACCCCAGUGGGAUUUUCCAUGUAGCUCCAUGGACACACGUGGACAAAAACGACUCACAUCAGCAUGAUGGGAAUAGCUGGGGGCAGUCACGGGGCCCCAGGGUGUUUGCUCCAUGGGGGUGAGUGUCCCUGCUGUGCACGUGGGGAAGAGCUGCCACCGCUGUGGGUUGCAAAAGGGCAAAGGAGCUCGCAUCUGUUCCUAAAAUAGAGCGAGUUGCCACACACCCCAACUGUCUGUCCUUUGGCCCUUCUGGCAGCACUGGGCAGCACUGCUGGCUCUGCUCCCGGGUGGGAUUUCAGCAUUACUUCCUCACCCCUGGUUUCAUCUCUGAGUGUUCUGUGUCUCCUGUGAGCAACUCCACCAUCACGUUGGGACACGAGGAGGUGAUGGGGACCAAUCUUGGGCUGCUGAGCCCCCACUGCCCCCAGUUGCUGCCCCAAGCCCGGCCACACAGAAAAUGGACAUGGACACUCUGGGGGCAGCCAAAUGGGGGCAGUUCUGCAGGAAAGGGCCUGGGGGACCUGGGGGGCACCACGCGGAACGUGGACUGUGUCUCCUUGCAGUCUCCAGUGAGCAGCACGCCCACACUACUGGGAUGCAGUGAGGUGAUGGGGACCAGUCUGGGGGUCCACAGUUGCUGCCCCGAGCCCGGCAGCAGCUCGGGAGGGCAAUGCUGGGACCAAAAGGUGGGAGCAGGAGGCAGUGUCUCCCACGUCCCUCUGCCCCAGGAGCCCAGCCACGUCCCCACAAACCCGUUAUCCCACAGCACCACGGGGUGAAAGCACCAACGCAGCCUGCGGAUGUGCCAGGCUCCUAAGGAAGGAGUAUGGGAGAAAUAAGCAAUGUCCCCUCCUUGCCCAAACCCAGCAGAGCUCUGGGAGAGCCCAGCGGCUGCCUCUGCCCUUCCCAACGCGCUGAGCCACGGCCGCCGCUCCGAGCACGGCUCCCAGCUGCGGGGCUGGCGCUGGGGCAGCUGCAGACCCUGGGGGAUGCGCAGGCGACAAGCGGCCCCGCGUCCUUUCCCGAAACAGAGCGCUGUGGCUUCCCAUCGAGGGAGGACGGCAGACAGGCAGCCCCAGCUGUCGACCCGUGGUGUCACCAGGUCCCACCGCCAUCCCAGCGCUGGGCAAGGGGACAUUUCUGGGGACCCAUCGCGUCCGGAUGCCCACGGGUGCCCACGUCCCCAGAGGAGCGCGAUGGGAUUUUCCACGCAGCUCCGCGUCCGCCGGCGGUGCCGUCAGCCCCGUGCCGCCGGCGCGGAGCGGUGUUGCUCAACCGCCUGGCACUGACGUCCCCAGAGCGGUGCAAGCGGGGGCAGAGGUGCUGUCCACCUCAGCAGCGCGGCCCGAGCCCCAGCGCGGACAGGGGCACGGAGCCAGGGACGCGGCGCGGCCCAGCGGGACCGGAGCCCGAGCGGGGCGGGGAGAGCAGCGGGGAGGAGAGGAGAGCGGAGCGCAGCCCCAUAAAAGCCCCCGCGGGGCCGGGCAGCGGCGGGACGCGAAGAGAGCAGAGGCGCGGGGCCAUGGAGCAGUACUUCUCAGCCACGCAGAAGAUGGAGCAGGAGGUGAUGUUCCCCAGCCUGCUGCGAGGGGUCUUCCCGCAGGACGGGGCCGACCCAGCCGCCGGCGGCCCCGCGGACCUCUACGAGCGCUACCAGCUCCUCAAGGCCAUCAAGCCCGUGGUGGAGCGAGGCCUGGCCUCCGUCACCGAGCGCAGCUCCGCCGCCGACACCGACACCGACGCCGACGGCGCCACGGGCGCAGCCUCUGGGGCGGAGGGCAGCCUGGAGGAGCGGCUGUGCCACCACAUGAACGGCUUGCAGCAGGUUCUGACCGACCUCACCAAAAACACCAAAGCUCUCACCAGGAGGUACAGCCAGAUCCUGGAGGAGAUCAGCCCCGGCGACGCGCAGCCCAGCUGGUGA